AUGAGUACAGUUUUUGAUAAAACCCAGCUGAGUCGGGACUACUCGAGGAGUCUGCAUCCGUCACCGAGGGAGCGUCAGCCACUGACGAAGUACCCAUAUUCGGAGGAACUUGAGGAAAGAGAGAAGGUACAACGACUAGAGAACAGACUUGAAUCUGCUCAUGAAUUAAUCCAUUCACUAAGACUUGGAUACUACAAAGAACUCAAUAGUCUGAGACAACUAUUGGAUAAAUAAACAUCAAGAGCGAGAAAACUUUGAAUAUCUUGAGAUCAGAUUUUUCACACCCACAGAUGGGCUUGAUGACCGAGUUAUUGAUUUACUAAAUACAAAGAUUAUCGAAAUCAAGGACAAAUAUGAAGAGCAUAUCCAUCUUCUAGGAGAGAAAUAUGAAUUCUUAGAGAAACAGAUAGAAGCAUAUAACAAGAUAGAUCCAAAUUUGAUCAGUAUAACUGAUCCAUUUUCGGCAGACAUGCUUAUCAUGAAAAUGACUCUUGUAGAGAAGAGGCCGAGACAUAUCUGGAAUCUCAUUGAAAAACACUAUGGCAAGAAUUUCUUCAGAAAUACAGCUCACUUCGUGUAUGGACUCAGUGAAAAAGAUGUGGAUGAGAUAUUCAGAGAACAAGAGAAGAAUCUGAAUGAAUACAAGACUAAAACUCUAGCCAAGAUGUCUCAACUAUGAGAAGAAAGUGAGAUUGAGAUUGCGAGACUUAGGAAAGAACUAGAUGACAAAAACCAGAAACACUCCACUCUUGAGGCAAAAUAUUUCCAAGGCCUGAAAGAAUCCAGGAAAGAUGCUAAAGAACAAAUACGUACUGAAUAUGAAGAGCUUUAUAAUUGAAAAUUUCAAAUGUUCGAUAUUGAAAGACAAGAGAUGUGAGAUGAAAUGAAGGAACUUAAGAAUACGAUCAGAAGGCUAGGUAGUGGAAUACUUCCUCAAGAAUCUGAUGAGGGUGAAUCUCCAGUUAAAUCUCCCACUAAAGCUAAGAAUCAAGUAGAUGAGGUUAAUCCGACGAAAAUUACUAAAUACAAAUCAAUGAUUCAAGAGAAAUUUGAACAACUGGCUUAUGAAAAUUCAAAGAAUAUUUCCAGAAUUUUUGAGCUUGAAAAGGAAGCUGAGCUUGUAGAAGCUCAUAACAAGUCUUUGUCAUUCGAGAACGAGAGUCUGAAGCAAGAAUGAGACCGUCUCAAGACUGAUAUAAAGUUCUUUGAGAUGAAAGAGAAAGGUUUACGUGACCAGAUUGCAGAACUUGAUAAAGAAAACGACAUUCUUGAAGGUAAACUCAUUAAGAUUGCACUUAACAAGCUCAAUCCUGAUGAAUUACUGAGAUUUAAGAAUAAGCUCGAGUCAGCAGGAAUCAAGUUUGAGGGUAAAGCUCAGGAUACCUACGUUAAGCUCACCAAGAAAAGCCAGCAAACUUUUGAACAUGUAGACAAUGAAGCUAAUAAGAGGAGAGAUAAUAUUUAUCUGGAAGAUUAUAAGCCAAAAAGUAUUCAGACAAAUAUAUCAGGAACUUAUGGUGAUCUCAUCAGAGUCAACUCUGAAGCAAGCCCCAAUCACUUCAGUAUGGAGAAGGAAAAUCAGUGAGCCCCAAAAGUUAAUUCCUAUGGAGUCCAGACUGACAUCGAGAUUCUUCCAUCAGAUGAGAUCGCUGGAAGUAUUUUGAAUAGCUUCGAUAGAGCAUUUAAAGCAGGAAAUGAUUUUUCAGAAAUUAUUGAGGAGUUUUCACAUUCCCAGAAUACCUUAUACAAGAAGCAUAGUCAUCACUCCAUAGUACCUAUGAAUAACCAAGAAGUUCAAACUGACUGAUUUGACUUAUUGAGACAAGGAAUAGACACCAAAAAGCCUCAUUCAGAUGCUUUUGUACAGACAGAUGAAGAAGAGCCUGGAUCUCAAGAAAAUUAUAAGCUACAAGCUGAUUCAGAUCUAUUUUCAAUAGGAGAUUUGAGAAGUCAAAUAAAUCUGACUGAAGCAAUGACAACUUGCAACAAAUCUAAAGUCUCAGAUUCCUCAGCUCAAAAACUUGGGCCAAUGUCACAAAUCUUUGAUGGGCUUCAAAGCGUAGUGCGAUUGAUAGAGUCAGAGAACCUCAACACACAGAAGCCUCUGCUGAAGUCUACAUUAUCAGACUUCAAAAUAAGCAUCAUUAGGUUGAUCGACACUAUUCUCAAUUUAAAGCGGAAGAUCAAAAAGCUAGGGAAUGAGAAAUAAGAAGCUCAAGACUCCUGAGAUCAAGGUGAACUCUUACAACCUCACCACUGUACAGAAAAUACUCGAGAAUCAGUUCAAUGUCAGAACUGUUGGAGUGCAGACAAAUAAUAUAGAGUUUCAUGAAGCAAAGAGGCCUCAAUCUGUUAUUUCAAAGAAGAUAGUUAGCAACAAGAGGUCUCUUCUAUCUACAUCACCUAGCUUUAAGAUCAAUAAGCCGUGUAGUUCACUAUUAAGCUCCUUGAAUUCAUGUAGGAUGAAGCAACAAAAAUAGAUUCAGUGUUUUCAGUGAGAAAAGUGAUCUUCAACUAAGUGUUUUAAAUGAUAGAUCAGGGCUAAAUACCUCAAAACUACUAUCUAUAGUUAGUUGUACAAAGGACAAAAGGUCUCGACACCGCUCCAAGUUUGUUAAGGAGUCUAGGAGGAAAUUGAGCAGGUCAAUUUUGAGAAAGACCAUGAAGUCAUAAUACCUAAAGUGCUAAUUUCAAUAUCAUUUGUA